AUGUUGCCUCCGCCCACUGUCGAGUCUGUAAACGCCGCUCUGGCCCCGCCGAGCAACCAUUGCGAUAUCUCUCGCGUACGGUUUGCCUACAACUAUCUCAAUGAGAUUCCAAAGUUCUUGAAGCCCCAAGGUCUGGAAUAUAACACUGUCCCUGGCCUGAAAAAGUCGGUCAAGUCAGGGCAACGGUUACAUUUUACGACGCCUAAUGCGUUCACAUUGGACCCCGUCGCUGCCGGCCUGCCAUGGCCAACGGGUUUGGACUGUAUUCGCCAGGGCAAGUUUUGGCAAAGUGGUUUGAGUAUUUCCAGCGAACUCUUGGAGCUGUUUGCCCGCGAUGAAAAUGUUAGUCAAGCGGUUAAAUCGAACGGCAAGUCGCUUGGUAGCGUUGCGGCGCACGAAUUGAACACGCUGGAAGAAGAUCGCUUCACGAAGUUUGCCACGUAUCUGUUUCCGGAGGCAGAUGAAGCUCGCAUGAGACUGCUGGCCGCCUCAAUCGUGUACAUCGUGAUCUUUGACGAUGCGUGGGAGAUGGUGGCCGGAAGCGAGUUAAAUGAUGUGAGAGAUGGAUUCCUGGACCGCCUCCAAGGUCGCGCAUGCCAGGCCCCUGAGAGUGACCUACAGGCCCUCAUUACAUCAACGGUCGAUGGAUUCCAUGAACAAGAUGCCCUGGUUGGAAAUGGAGGACAAGAAGUCAUUGACCGUCUAGUUGACUUUUGCAAACACGUUCCACCAGCUCAGAAAUUCGAUACGCUAGGGGACUACCUCACGUAUCGUCGCAUUGAUGCCGGAGUACCUUACAUUCUGGCGUGUGUCAAGUUCUCCAUUUGUUCGAACGUCGAGAUCGAGAGCCCUCAGUUGGAGAAGUUCCUGCGGCUCAUCAGUGACCACGUUUCUAUCAGGCUAUUUUCCAUGCCCACGGAAAAUUCAGCCAAAGCCCUUACCUACGCAAUGCAGCUAGAGAUCGAGGUAGAAAUUGACCAGGAGCUGGCACGAAUGAGAGAUGAGAACACUCUCACAGCGGAAGAGUGGCAAUUUGUGGAUGCGGUGUUGACGAUGACGGCGGGCAAUGUGUUCUACUCGGUCGUCUCGUCUCGGUACGGUGGAGAGAGCACGCGAAUUCCGGAGUAG